AUGCCUGGGGACCAGGCUGGGGCAUCCCUGCACAUUGACGGAGGAGGGAAUGCAUCGGGACAGGAUGUUGGAUGGAGCCCCCCUCCUCCUUUCCCAGCCAUCAGUGUUCCGGGACCCCCAGCAAUAGAUGGCUUGGGGGAGUUGGAGGCUCCCUGGCAGCCGUCCCCACCUUGUUCCCUGGAGCGCGCCCCCCCACCCCCUGCCUCCUCUGCCAGGGGAGGGAGGACAGACAGUGUAUCUGGAAGUUCUGGGAUUCAGGUUGUUAUUGAAAUAAUAAUUAUAAUUAAAAAAUCCGAAGAAACUUGA